GAAGGUGGGUUUUAGUUCAGCUGUUCUGUCUUCCUUUCUGCCAAGUUUGUUAUCGAGCCGAGUCCCUCUUCAAUGGAGUCUCUACAGGGUAUUGAAGCAGACUUCGAGUCGUAUCUCAACAACGAACAUGAUCAACAGAGACCAUCAUCGGACGGCUGUAAACAAGUCCCGUGGCUGAACUGGGAAGAGUGGGACUCCGUCAGAGAGUCUCUCUUCUCUUCUUCUCCUGAUCGAUUCGCGUUUGCCCUGCAAAGGGUUGAGACAUGGAGAAGUAGAGGGUCUAUUCCAGGGCCUGUGGAUGUUACUUGCACCCUUCUUGAAAUCCAGCUCAAAGAUGGCUUUAUUGAGCGAGAGGAACAACCACCAGAUGCAUUGUAUUCAGAGCAUUUACUUCAGAUGCUUUACACAAUGGGAAUACUCAGGCUUGUGAACUGUCUCAUAGAGAAGACAAGAAAGAGAGACGAAGUUUCAAUUGCGGUUGCAGCUAGAGCAAUGGGUAUCCCACGUAAAUUGAUCGAUCUUCGUCAUGAGGGUUCUCACCGUGAGCUCCCUUCUCUCCUUGUGCUCCGAGAUGCUUCAUAUGAGGCACUUGAAUGGUUGAAAUCUUUUUAUUGGGUUCCUCAAAAGGCACAGAUUCCGUUGAAGAGAGAUGGAACUGCUAGCAUGAGAAGAGAAGUCAAAUCCAAACUCAGGAAACUCUCUUUCUGCUUCCAACUUAAGCAGAAUCCUCAAUAUGACUCCCCUUUGGUCAAAGAAAAAUGUUCUAAUAAAAGGACAAGGAAGAUUGUGAGCAGCCUUGUUGAGCUAUACCCUUCUUUCUCAUCUGAGAUCUCAUCUGUGCUGCUUGAGUUCUUACUCAAGGCAUUGGAUUCUUCAAAGUCGGCAGAACUUGAGAAUCAGUCUGGCCAAGAUAUCAGGGUCUUUCUAGAUGUGUGGAAGCCUGUAAUCAUUGUGUUAUCCAACAGAGAACCUGAGUUGCUUUUGACUCUACUCAAGUCAGUUCUUGAUAUGAUCCAAAAUAAUGAACAGAGAAGAUAUGAAACAGAUGUGAAUCUUACAGAUAAGUCAGCAGAAGAAGUUUCUCAAGCUGGGCAGCUCCCUGUCUUAUUUGCAUGGCUUGUGGGUCUUCUCACUGUGUCAAAGCAUUUUCAGAGGAACAGUUCUGUUGAAGUGACACCACCAAGCACUUUCCUUAUGGAACUUAUACGCAAAUGUUUGCUACUAGGAGCCUUGGGACAUGAGCUGGUUUUGAAAUCAGGUUGUGUGCUUGGGGAUAUUGUGGGAGGGCGUGUCUUGAAGGAAAAGCUCAAAAGCCUCCCUCUCGUGGAUAAAAGCUCCACAAGUGUUCCAUCGAAACAGACUUCUCCUACGACGCUCCUUGAGCAACAAGAGAAGAAUCUAAGAAGUGCAGGCAAGAGACUUGAGUCUGUCAAACUUCAGCUCUCAAGGAAGAAAGGAAAUGAGACAGAGAAAGCUAAUAAAAGAUGGAGAAAGGCGAGAACAUGGAGCACUUGUCCAAUUGGUAUGUUGCCUCGGAUCAUUGGAUCUUCUGGACGGUUACCUCUUCUGGACAACCAGAAUACUCAUAUGAUCUCAAAACAAGCACAAGGGAACAACAAUGUCAAAAGAGCAGCUGAGUGCAAUAAUCAGCAGUUGGAGACCUUGGCAUUCAAGAGAGCAAGGACGAGCACAGAAGAUCUCAAUUCAGAUGAAGUGACAUUGGAAGCACAUGAGGAAGAAGCUGAGAUGGAUAAAGAACAGACAGAUGAGGAAACUGAAAGUGAAUCAGAAGGGAAUCUGAUGUUUGCGGAUAAAGAGGAAGGCAUAGGCUACCUUAGGAUAGGUGAUCUGUGGAAAAGAGUAAAAGAUGGAGAGCAAUUGGUGAUGGCUUCUCAAGUUAAAAUUUGUGUUUGAUUGAAAACUUUUGGUAGUCUUCCAAGCAUUUACUAUUAAGCCUUUAUUUUAAUGUGACAUCCUUUUUAAGAAAAUAGUUUAUAUUACAGUUGCUCAAUUUUUUCAA